AUGCUGGAACCCAGCAAUUCUUGUUGCGACGACGAAGACUUGUCACAUCAUAUUGCCUUUGACGACAGAGAUUUGAUAGCUGACAAGAGGGCCGCCAGAGGCCCACCACCACCCCUGGGUCCCUUUGCAGCAGAAACAAUGGGCCUCUCAGGAUCCCUAGACCUGGCUUCCCUUUCUUUCUGUAGCAAUAUGGACCUUAUUUGUAUUUCCGAUGGCACGUAUUGCAGCAACGAGAAUACCAUCCGCAAUCGGCUAAUAGAUAUUGCUCUUCUUAAUCGCCGUGCUGCCGUACAACUCAGGGUUCAACCUCUGGCAGACAUUUGCUGCUCCAGCAGUAACAAGGUGAGCGACAGUGUUGAGAGUAUCUUGAAAGCAGUGGAGUGUAAAGAUCCAUCCUGGGCCGAGAGCUCCUUCCCAGGUUCCGCCCAUGUUGAAUGCAUUGAUCAAUGCUGCACGUCACCUCAACAAGGAGGCCGAACAGAUUGUGACUUGUGUACUGAACAAAGCGGUCAACAAGAGCUGUAUGCUUCUCACAACUCUGAAGAUUUAUCAUCAUUGUCUUCUAUCAGUACAUGUACCUGCAGUAGUAACGGCACAAUCCCUUCCUGGUCGUUUGUGCAGCUGGGAGAAUCUUUGUGCGCCUCUGAGGUGGCAGCGGCAGAAGACCACGGUUCAGAACCUUCCUACUGUGAUUCCACGAUCCCUUCGUGGUCCUUUGUACUACUGGGAGAUUUGUUGGAUCAACAGGGGUGGGAUCAGACAGAUUUAGAAGCAUAA